AUGACCAAUGAACCCGUGCAACAUGUAACAGCUGAGAAUCAGUUCCAGCAAUUGAUCACUUGUUCUGAAAAUGACCCAAAAAGAUUGCAAGUUGCCUAUGAGGACCAUAGAAGCAAUAGAAAUGCCCUUUUCAGAGACCAAAUCUGCCAACCCGGAUUCUGCGAAUGGAAAGAAGAUGAGAUCCUGUCCAAAGUCCUCGAGGCAGAGAAGGGCUUGACAGACUUCGUCGACCCGAGAAACAACCUUGCUUUUUGGGCACGCCCCCCGAAGCAUAUCCGGGACUUGGUCUACAAGAUCCAGCGGGAGAUCGGUCCCUUGAUUGGUCCUGGUCUCUGGCUCGUACCCCCGCAUCAUCUGCACAUGACCACGCUCGAGAUCAGGUCAGCACUAACAGGACCUGAAAUUGAUGAGAUAGCCUCUUCUCUCGAGAUGAGUGGGCUCACAGCAGAGCUGGCAAGCUACACUCUCACCCACCGUGCCCGGCUGGUGAAGCCAAUAAUCAGCUACGACACUUCUGCUAUUGCUCUGAGCUUUGUCCCCGCAGCUGGCGAGGAAGGUCGCAAUGUGUAUACUGGAAAAGAUGACCAGUUCACGUAUCACCAUCUGCGAAGUGAUCUGUACAACAUCGUGACUCAAUCUGGCUGCCCAAUCGCGGCUAGAUAUACCGUCCCUUCUGCGCAUAUCACCAUUGCGCGAUUUGUUGUGCCAAGUGGCCCCAAAGAAGGAGAGCCAGAUUCCCCAAGGGAAUUCGAGAAGAAAGCAUCGCGCCUUAUUGAUAAGAUCGACGAUCUCAAUCAUGAACUCCGCUCAAAUGUGUGGAGGAGAUUGGGGGACCCGUCUCAAGGGCAAUGGGUGGUAGGUCAUGAAAAGGGGUUGGAAUUGAUGAAGGGCCGGACGUGGUAUGGAAUAGGGGACAGUAUUGUAUUUGGAGAAGGAUUUGUAUAG